AAUAAUAAAAUUAAUAUAUAUUCAAAUUGGAAUUUAAAAAAUUACACGUGUUAAUUGCAAUAAUAUACAUAUAUAUUUACACGAUGUUGUAAAGAUUUUUAAGAUAUAAGAGUGUUACGUGAACAUAAUUUUUCUAGCUUUUCCUAAUAUUUUGAUAAUGGCUUGUUAUUAUAAUUUAUCAAGGAGACUGAAUAAAUUGUACAUUGUCAAAUUAUGUGUUCCAAAGGAGAAACCACUAAGUAUUUGUAGAAAAUACACAAAUAAAGUACUUAAAAAUGACAGUCAUGCUGAUGACAAUACUCCACGAGAGGUAUUAAAGAAGAAAAUAGCUAAUAAUGAAUUAAUUCACGACGAUUAUCAAAUAAAAAUCGUUGAAAGUUUACAACGAGUUUACGAUGAUCUGAAAGGCUAUAAACCUUCUAAAGUUUCAUCGUUUUUAAGUAAAUUGUUCAAAAGUAGUAAUGCUAAUAAACCACCAAAAGGAUUAUAUAUUUAUGGUGCUGUAGGCGGUGGUAAAACAAUGUUAAUGGAUCUUUUCUACAAUUGUUGUCAAAUAGAAAAUAAACAAAGAGUUCACUUCAAUUCAUUUAUGUUGGAUGUUCACGCAAAAAUUCAUCAAGUUAAAAAAACAAUAAAAAGAGAUGCCAGUGAAACGAAACUCAAACCGUUUGAUCCUAUACCUCCAGUUGCUCAAAUGAUUACUGAAAAAACUUGGCUGCUCUGCUUUGACGAGUUUCAAGUCACUGAUGUAGCUGAUGCUAUGAUUUUAAAACGCCUCUUCACUCAGCUUUUUACUAAUGGAGUAGUCGUUGUAGCAACGAGUAAUAGAUCACCAGACAAUUUGUAUAAAAAUGGAUUACAGAGAAGUAAUUUUAUACCGUUCAUUCAAGUACUUAAAGAUCAUUGUGCAAUUGAAAGUCUGGAGUCAGGAAUAGACUACAGAUUAAAAUUGGGCUCAGGUAAAGAUACCAAAUAUUUUAUUAGUGGUCAGGAUCCAGAAGACGCUGUAGAUACGAUCUUCAAAUACUUAUGUUCAAUGGAAAAUGACACUGUUAGGCCGAAAACUUUAUCAUUUAAAGGUCGCAAUGUGACAUUUAAAAAAACUUGUGGGCAAAUUAUUGAUUCAUCAUUCGAAGAACUAUGUGAUAGACCUUUAGGAGCAAGUGAUUACCUUGAAAUAUCUCAAGCAUUCCAUACAGUCAUUAUAAGAGACGUCCCUUUACUUAAUUUACGACUUAAGUCACAAGCAAGAAGAUUUAUUACGUUGAUCGAUACUCUGUAUGAUAAUAAGAUAAGAGUUGUGAUAUCGGCAGCAGCUGCUCCUAAUAAAUUAUUUGUACCUGAAGGCGAUUCCGAAUACACCGAUGAGAAACGAAUGCUCAUGGAUGAUUUAGCAAUAUCUCAUGGCUCUGAUAACCAUAAAUCAAAUAUUUUUACUGGAGAAGAAGAAUUAUUUGCAUUCGAUCGUACAGUAUCACGGCUUUGUGAAAUGCAAACAAAAGAAUACUGGGAACAGUGGGAACAGUACAAAUAACAAUAAUAGAUAAUAGAAAUAUUUAACUAUAGUGAAAUAUAAUUAAAACUUAAAUAAUAAAAAUUGAUAAGUAAUGAAAGUAAUAAGUUACGAUCGUAUGUACGCAUAUGUUGUGAUUUGUUAAGUUUAAAUUUAGUACCUCGAAUAAACAACUAGGGACCUCUAGUCAAUUGAGCUUAAUGCAAAAUCCAUGUUAUUAAAAAAAAAAAAAAAAAUAACACUAUUAUACAUGAAAGGUUUUAUAGGUUAAAUGUGUUUGUAAAUAUUAUUUAUU